CUGGUUGGAAAUUGGCCUUCCGAGAAAGGAAGUGGCUCCUUCCGUUUAUUCCGACUGCGCAACGCCGUCAGCUCCUGCCAUUGGCUUUCUUUGUUUCCUGUUACUUGGUGUCUUUCCAACUUAACCAGUUCAGUUUUUCAAUGCCAAAGCUCCAAUAUACCUGAAGACCCUUUUCCCAUCUUCUUUUUGUAUAUAAUUCUGUUGCUCGUUCUCAUCUCUUCCACCUCUUUUUAACAUUCACGUUUGGUUGCUAACCAUAUUUAUACACAUUUAACCAUUCCUCCCGAGAAUGAGGUUUUGACCGUAGGGGGAUUUUAAACUUUAGCCCUAUCAAAGUAACGACGUAUUCUUUCUCAACAACAUUCUCAAACCCUGUUCUGAUGACAUUGAAGCAGGCUGGCUUUGCAUGGGAGACUGAGAGUUGGUUCGAAAUUUGGAAGCUACUGGUUUGACUGUAAUGUUGCGAGCUAACACAUGCGACCAUCUUCGGAUUUUAUCUCAGGUCUCGCACAGAGAUUGUGCAACCAAAUUAAAGAACCUUUCCUUGGACCACAAGGACAAGAAUUCAAAAAAGAUUACCAGAAACAUGUCAAAUCCAGGCAGGAGAGGCACCUCUCUACUCCGACCAAACAGCUCUGUUCAGAAGAAGGAGAUGAGCAAUAAUUUGACUGAGAGUUGUCCAAGGAACACCAGGUCCGCGUCACGUUUGAAGCAGCCAGCGAGACUGCUGGCCUCCCACAGGAAGCUGCUGAGGAUGUCGGUGGCGGCCAGGGAGUCUCCCUCCAACGUCAGGCCUGUAACACCGAUGGUGUCAGCGGACUCCUCAGCGCUGGGCGACCCAACGUUUGACGCGGACGCGCCCUGCCAGCAGCUGAGCACCUGCUCCCGUAAAGCUGCCUGCUGCUCCACACUGAACCCACUGCCACAGAGCUUCGAUUUACCAUCAGCUGCCCCGGAUGAGGACAGCGCGAGUGACCUCUCUGAUUCCGAAAGAAUUCCCUUGGAAUCCAGCCCUUGCAGACCUCCGGACCUGAACCUGCGGGCUGAAGUGAUAGUCCCAGCUGACCUGACUCCCACUUCCAGCUGCGCUGAGUUCAACUACCCAGAUUUCCUGCCCGAGCCAUACGCCAGCUGGAACCUGCGGGAGCUCUCUUUGCUGGUCAACAGCAGCAGCAAUGCCAGGAGCCCGGUCACCGCCCGGCCUAUGGGGUUUCUGGAGAGCUUUGUGGGCCGACUCCUUGCUUUGGAAUGGUUGCAGCUGAAGACGGAGCAGGCCGAAAGGAGCAGGCUCACCCGCCCGCGUUCCAACACCGCUCCCGGCAGCUGUAACCCUGCUCGGCAUCCCGGGAGAGGCAGGAGAGCCUGCCUGAUGUUACCCAGCAGCCCGGGGUAUCUGGCUAUUGGGCCUGCAUGCACUGUUGCCGGUGCCUGCAGUCACUGCUGGUUACGGUACCCCGACUGCAUUGGCAACAGCCGCCCUGAGGCAUACCAGAACUUCUCCCGCAGCUCCAGUACAAAGCAGCGUGGCACAGGCUCCCCGCUGAGAGCGGGUGGUCAGCCCAAGGCGAGAGCCUUCCUCGGCCACAAGGAGGCGGUGCUUGGAAAGGGGCCCUCAGAGACCGCCUUCUUGCACUGCAGCUCAACAGCGAAGGCGCGGAAACAACGCCUGCGCACGCUGCAGUGUGCUCCCCCCUGCCCCUAUCACAGCCCCUCUGCUUCCCUCAGACUAUGCAUGAUGCAUCAGGGUGAAUGUCACACCGGGAAAAUGGGGAGCAGGGAGCAGAGCCUUGUGGUGGAGAAAGACUUCAGUCUGGACAACAGAUCCCGAGGGAUCAGCAACUCCAACGGAAAGGGGAAGCGACAGCUCCGACACCUGAAAUAGGGGAAGGCUGAGGGAGAGGCCGGAGCCCCAGCUCGUCGACACCAGCAGCAUUUACUGAUUUGGAUGUUGUGGCACGUUCUUCAGUCUCCUGACACUAGACCACUGUCCCCAUGCACACGCCCUGUGCACCCUGCAUGUGAACUGCUCUCGCAAAUGUGCCUCUGACUUCCCUCCCCACCCCCACAUGUGCUACUCAACCUAGCACACACCACUAUCCCAUGGCACUGUUCGACGGCCAGAUGUCAGUGCACAUUCUUCUACCCAAGGCAAGGUACCACCUUUGCUUGGUAGCUGUACAAUGUGCUGGAGUGUAGUUUGAUCAGUCUUCAUCAAGUGUGUGGCGGGAUGCUGCGGAUGGAGCAGAGUACAUUAGCAAGUUGUGAUCAGACCGUGAAUGAAUGACUAGACAAAAUGUGGAUUCUCAAUGCAUGGAAACUGCAGAGACUGAAGGUUGUUUGCAGUUGCUGGAUAUAGGCAAAGAACUAUAUAUGGGCCAACAUAAUUGUCUGACUGAUCUCUUCCAUCUUCACCUCUGCAUUGGUAAUGUUUCCUUUGUAGGAUUUUAAGCUGGUGUAUUUUGUGUGUUAUUUAUUGAGAUUUCCCAGCCUGUCCACUUCAGGAUGUCAUUAAUGCUGGAGAAUGGAUGUGGCUGCCUUGUUUGCUACAUUUAAUGAAUUUCACUCAUGGCUGCACCUAUUCAUAAUAAAGCGACUCCAGACAAAC